UUUUUCUUUGCUUUUUUCUUGUUUUAGUUUAUACCAACUGGUUUUUUUUUUUUUCCGGUUUUUUGCCACAAGUCUCCUAGAUCCCCCCCUCCUCCUCCUCCCUUCCAAAAUCCUACUGAUCAACCAUGGCUGCCUCCAUCAUCGCUCCGAUUCGCAAGUAAAUCCAGUCUUCCCUCUGACCAGAUAGACCACCCGACUUGCCAAGCAGAGUUUUUCUUUUCUCGUUUUUUUUUUCGCAGUCCUGUUUUUGUUCCGUAGCACUUUUUUUUUUUUUUCGAUUUUUUUUCUUCGCUUGCCCCUUCAGCAGCCUUUUCGCUUGCGUCUGCCGGGCCUUUCCUUCUAUUUUCAGUGAAUCAAGGCAUCAAGGCAGCCCCCCAAGCUCGAUCUCCUGCAGAAUUCUCGGCAUUGUCGGAGCGAUAAACAGCAAAAUCUACUUGGCGCGGAAGUUUUAUUUUCUGAGGUCGCGUCAUUGUCCUCCGUCAUCUCCUUUUUUUUUUUCUCUUUCUCUCCAAGGUUUCCCCGACACCACCCUUCCUUCCUUCCUGACUUCCUUCCGGUACGUCCCUUGAGCUCGAAGCUACCCCUUUCCAACCAUGCAAGACCGAUACUUUCCUGAGGUAUCAGAUACACUCGGCGCCGAUUUUUACAAGCGUGGCACCUGCUUCAAAAAUGCCUACAGCAUCCAGUCAGCCGACCUGGCGGCAUUGAUGGAUGCUGGGCGCAGAAUCACCCUGAUUGACUGCCGCUCGAUGAUGUCCUUCAACGCCAAGCACGUGAAGGGAGCCGCCAACACACUGACCCUGUUCGCCCUCCGACGCGUCGUCAAAAAGUCGCAAGCCGACAACAACGUCCCGCUCGACCGCAUCAUCUCGUGCGACGCCAUCAAGGAGACGCUGUCUAAAAACCCCGAAACGAUCAACACUGUGGUGCUGUACGACGACAGCACGACCGAUCCUGCGGCCGGCAUGUCGGAAACGCUCGACUUGGUCUUUAGCUACCUGUGCACGUCGUCCGUCCCCUUGCUGUGGGUCCACGGCGGCUUUGCUGCCUUUGACGCGCUGUAUCCCGACAAGAGCGAGGCCUGCCGGUGUCCUGCUGCUGUCCAACAAUCCAAGUUUACGCUGCACACACCUCAGUCGGCGCCCGUCCCAACGCCAAACCGCUCCAUGGGCCAAUCUGCCCUCGCCGCAGGCACGCCUCCCGCUAUGAUUUUGUCGUAUCUCUAUCUUGGCAACCAGGAGCACAGCGCCGACAAGCAGCUGUUGGACAGUCUGAAAAUCCACAACGUGCUGAACGUGGCCAAGGAAUGCCCGAAUGUCUUUGAUGCGCAGCUGCGCUACAAGAAGUGUGAGCUGUCCGACACGUUCGCCCAGAACAUUCGAGAGGCCUUUGAUGCGGCCUUCCAGUUUAUUGACGAGGUGAAGGCCUCCGGCGGCCGUGUGCUCGUCCAUUGCGUCGGCGGCGUCUCUCGCUCGGUCACUGUCGUCAUUGCCUAUCUCAUCUCACGGUAUGGUCUGUCUCUGCCCGAAUCGUACGCUUUUGUCAAGGACCGAAGGCCCGGCAUGUCGCCCAAUCUGAACUUUAUGGGUCAGCUUGUCGAGUAUGCCAACUCGAUCUCGGCCGACUGCGUUCGCGCAGCUCGUGUCGCCGAGCUGGCCACUGCGGUCACACCCACCAACAGCAGCAGCUCUAGCAGCUCCAGCAGCGCCUCGUCGUCAUCGUCAUCGUCGUCCUUGUCGGUGCCUGCGUCGUCCUCCAACGAGUCGGCGCCCUUUUCAGGCCCACGGUCGCUGUCUGGCGUCUUUACUCCCGCAUCCAGCGGCGGCGAAUCGCCAGUGCCCCAGAGCUCGGACGAGGUGCCGUCCCUUGCCAAGCCCGCGCAUCCAGCCAGCUUCCUGGACUUGGUUCAGCAGCAGCAGGACGCGUUGGUGGCUCAGGCCAAGUACUGCCUGCAGCGCCAGCUCGAUCUCGAGGCAGCGCGCCGUCAUUCGACCCCUGCAGGGACUGCUCUGGCCCCUUCUCAGCACCAGCUGGACUUGGAGUCGAAGCAGCAUGCACUGAUGGCCAUGCGCUCACACAGUGGCAGCGGCCGUGUCGGCAUGCACUUGGCGACCCCCAUCAACUUGUCAGCGUUUGGCAAGUCUGCCUCGUCGUCCUCUGGUGGCCUUUCUCCCAUUCCAUCGACUCCGUCACCCCAGGCCGAGCCAGUGUUUCCGCUCGUGCCUUCGUCAACGGCAGGGCCGACGCCACCGCAAUCACAAGAGCGGUAUCCGCCUGUUGCCUUUGCGUUGCGACUACCAAAGUCGUUCAGUCUGGACUGCUCGAGCUUGCCAGCAACCCCGGUUGCAUCCAGCUCGGCCUCGUCGGGGAGUCCUUACUUUCAACAGCGGGAGGCAAAGCUAGCAGCGGGAACGCACGGUCAACUUGCCCACUAAAAACUCAGUGGGUCGUUUGAUGUGUUUUCUUCUUCUUCUUUCUGUCACGGUGUGCCUUCUUUUUUGUGACGUUCUUUCGUAUCUUAACUCUUUUUUUUGUUUCAUCUUUGGUGGUGAUGGUGGUAUUCUUUCUUUUUUAUCUCUUUGAUGCGCUCUCGGGCUUCGUUCUCUGAGCCUGCGACGGUGCUCACUGCAGCUGGUUGUGCAUCACUGGUGUUGCACAUCCUCGCGCUGCUUUUGCCUGUGCGGCGCACGUUGCAUUUAUUUGGCUCAGCGUUUCGGACUGGAUUCCCGAUGAUGUUGCAACAACAAAGUGUUAUUUGUCUCUGUUCCGUUGUUAUGUUUUCUCUGUCCUUCUUUUGUAUUUUACUCUUGCACAGUCUCGCAUUAAACGAACUAUUUCGAUUUCCCCCA